GCAGCGUUGCCGGCUCAGUCGUGCGGGAGUGGUCACUGAGGGAUGUGUGGUACCGUAACUGAGUGACUGAGGAAAAAGACCCGGCGUAGUUUCUCCGCGUAAUACGCUCUCGCUCUUUACCCCCCUGAACAAAAAAGAACUAGCAGUACCGAGAGUCUAGUCAGUUUUCGGCCCCCCUCCCGAUUUUACGCGAAACUACGGAAUACGCUGAUCGUAUAUUUAUUUAAGUAUUUAUUGUACAAAAGACUUUAAAUAUAGCCGACACAAUGUCCGUCGAUAAGGAGGAAUUGGUUCAGCGUGCAAAGCUCGCCGAGCAGGCAGAAAGGUACGAUGAUAUGGCAGCCGCGAUGAAGGCAGUCACCGAAACAGGAGUCGAGUUAUCGAACGAGGAAAGGAACUUGUUGUCGGUAGCGUACAAGAAUGUCGUUGGUGCAAGACGUAGCUCGUGGCGAGUCAUCUCCUCCAUCGAGCAGAAAACCGAAGGUUCUGAGCGCAAACAGCAGAUGGCCAAGGAAUAUAGGGAAAAGGUUGAGAAGGAGCUGCGUGAAAUCUGUUAUGACGUAUUGGGACUCCUUGAUAAGUACCUGAUCCCUAAGGCUAGUAAUGCCGAGAGUAAAGUAUUCUACCUCAAGAUGAAGGGCGACUACUACAGGUAUCUCGCAGAAGUCGCUACCGGAGAAACCAGAAAUGCGGUAGUCGAGGAUUCACAGAAAGCGUAUCAAGAAGCGUUUGACAUAGCAAAAUCAAAAAUGCAGCCUACGCAUCCCAUCAGGCUCGGUCUUGCACUCAACUUCUCCGUUUUUUAUUACGAAAUUAUUAAUUCUCCGGCUAGAGCCUGUCAUCUUGCCAAACAGGCGUUCGAUGAUGCGAUCGCAGAACUGGACACACUUAACGAGGACAGCUACAAAGAUUCCACGCUAAUUAUGCAGCUUUUACGCGACAACCUCACUCUUUGGACCAGUGACACGCAGGGCGAUGCGGACGAAGCACAGGAGGGUGGAGAUAACUAACCUUCCUAAGCUUAAGUCCUUUCUAACCUAAUAAGAACAUCCUAUUCUCUAUCGUCCCCCCGUCCCUUGAAGUGCUCACCCAUCCAUCCACCCGAGAUCGAUUUAUUCAUUCGCCUGUCCUUUCGUCCUUCGCGUACCUCGCUGCCCUGUCCCUCCUUCCCUGUCAUUUUUAUUCUUUUCUCAUUCCGUUUAACAAUCUUCGUUAUCUUGUCUGUUUUACUAUCCUAUCGCUCUUACUCCUCGUUUUAUUAUUCUGUCUUAUCCCUCUUCGGGUUUCCCCUCUAUGUCGCCCUCUAUGCCUCCCAUCCUUUCUCUCUUCCAUCCUUUUCUUCAUCUUUCCUGCCUUUCUUCUUUACGUCCUUACUUCCUUCCACCUUUCUUCAAUUACACAUUCGCAAGGGCAACGUCGCCUUUUUUCCGCAUCCUUAUUUUUUUAAUCUCCUCCUCGAAAGUCACGACCUCUUUGUUCUAACGCGACCGCACACUGCUGCCAAUGCCACCGCCACAGCUGUUACGCCCGAUUCGAAAGCUCGAACACGAGAGAAUCUCGUUCUCGACCGUAUCCUUUCCUAAAGGAUCGAUUCACGUGCCGGUCGCUGAAUAUACUCGCUAUUGCCACUCGUCAAAAGUUUUGAAUUUGAGUAUUCAAUUUCAAAAGGAGUGUCGAUCUACGACAGAAGGGGGAGGGGGGAUGGAGAGAAAGGGGAGGGAGAGAGAGAGAGAGAGAGAAACGAAAAGAAGAUAACAAAAGGCCAAGGAAAAAAUUAGCGAAUUUAUGCGAAAUUAACGUAGGAUAUUGCGUAACCACGCCUCGCGCGGCCCUUAACGAAAGGAAGCGGUCGAGUCGUGAGAGUUACUCGAUCUCUUGACAACAAGUUUAUCCGAGGGAAGCGUUAUUGACUCGUGUUUGUGUGGAAGAACGGGAGAAAACAAAUUGUGGAUGAACAGAGGAAAGGACAGAGAGAAUUUCGCAAACGCUGUCUCAUCGUACAACGAUAAGGUAGUAUAAAAGAUAGUAUCGAAGAGUAUAGAAGAGAACAAAAAUGUUAUAUGUAACGUUAUAAGAGAGAAAGAGGUAAUCGCUAGUAGAUUACGGGGUGUAAAUGAUGCUGUCGAAAUCGUGACCGAUGGAGGUAAAAUGUUGAAUAAACUAGUCUUUGACGGGUAUGUAGAAACAGAAACCUGUAUCGAUAUCGCUGUUCAGAUGAGACGCGGGAUGCGAGAAACAGCCACGAAACACUGUCACUACUCCCAAAUCUGCUCACUAUUUACCAUCUAAAGUAUCGCUAAACGAAACAGAGAUUCGAGAAGAAACGAAGUGAAAGGAAAAAAGCACGCAUGAAUCUAAUUACAUUAUAUCCAGUUGUCAUUAAAUUAAAUUUCACAUUGUCUAGCAAGUACGAUAUUAUUAUACGAAGGGAAGAACGCAGGAGGAGAAAGGAGAGUAAAAAUACAUUAAGUUAUUAAGUUCCAACACAUCAGUGGUGACUUAAUUUUUACAUUUAAUACUUUUUACAUAUUGCACGUUAGUAGUACACGAAAAAGUCUUAUGCAUACACACGCGUGCACGCGAGUACAAAAUACUACAUUUUGUGUGCAUAUUCGUUUCCUGUUUUCUAUUCCAUCUUUUUUAUGUGUACGCGUACCCGUGUGUGUAUGGUUUAUAAUUGACACGUUUAAAACGACUCUUUUGCUUUUAAAUAUUUUUUCAAAAUUCGAAUUUUUGUCCUUAUCAUAGUUGCUGUAUUAUCGAGGUGAGUGAAGCACAUAACUUUAAGAAUGCAUUUUUAUCCAUCGUACGCCAUGACCGUCCGUUGCUAACGCGUGAAUAUCUGAGAAGGAAGGGGACGCUUGAUUUUGAUUUCUUAAACAGCCAAUCGAUACGUGACUACCUCUUAAGAAAUUUCUCUCGAUAUUUCUUCUGUCCUGAUUUUUAACUACAAUAAUUCUCACAAGCUGUGAUUCUCUUUCUCUCGUUAUGCUCCGCCUCCUCCAUUUCCUCUCCUCUCUUCUAUCUUUCUUUCUUCCCCUCUCUUCCGUAUAUAUGUUAUAAUAUAUAUACAUAUAUUAUACACAAUAAUAUAUAUACAACAGAUAUUUACCGGAAACUCGAUUACUAAUGUCAUGAUAAACGAAAGGAAAAAAAAGAAAACGAGAACAAAUUAUGUGUACGCGUGUAAAAAAAAAUCAUAUUCUCCUUAAUUUUAACAUACAUACGCAAGUACGCAAGCAUCUAUACUCAUUUGUAUAUAUGUAUGUGCGUGAGUGUAUGCAUGUAUAUAUAUUAUAUAUAUAUAAUCAGCUUUUUUUGUCGGCAUGAUCGAUCUCGUGAAAUUUGUCGAUAGAGUUCGAGGAUAAUUCGUUAUAUCCUGCUAUUUUGCAAAUUUAUAUUAAUAACUUUACAGAAUUUCUUCUAAGCAGAGCAUUAUCUAUGAAUUCGGUUAAUGCAAAGAAAAAUGCGAAGUUGGCGGAAUGAAUUUUUUUCCGUUUGUUCCUUAACGGAUAAAAGCUCCAUUAUAGAUCUUGAUCGAUCACCUAUAUAGUGACCCUAUACCAUCAACCAUCACAACUUAUCAAACAACAUGUUUCUUUUGGUAUCUCGGGGUGACGUAUUCAAACGGCAGAUCACAAAGACGUGUAACGGUCUGUGAUCGGCUCAAACGAAACCUUGAUAAAAGGGACGAACGUUGCCAUUUUAAAAAUGGGAAGAGUCAAACGAUAACGAUAACGAUAAAUCGAUCGCGUCCAAAUGCAACGGAUACGUUCGGUCCAGGGGCGGAUUAACAUGUAUAUAUGUAUGAAUCAAGUACUUCUAAUUAUUUGAGAAUUAUGGCAAGUCCGUUUUGUAUCUUAGUUAAAUUCUAAGUAACAAUUCCUAAUUUUCGCCGAUCGAAUAAACGAAAUUCCAUUUGUUUCUAUGUUAAAACCAAUCAUUCUUUUUUACAAUAUUAAAAAUAAAUAAACGUUAAAUAUU